CAACAUUUUCGAUAAAUUACAAGGAUAUGGUCAUGCAUACGGAAUUAAAUAUCAACAUAAUUAUUGUACUUAUGAUGAUGAUAUAAAAAAACACUCAGUCGUGUUGAAAAUGUGGAAACCGAAGAAUCUGCUGGAGACAUUGCUGCCUAUUUAUAUUUUACACAUAAUAUUUUGUCAUGGUGUUAUACAAUAUCCGGCUAUUAGCAAAUCAAAAAUAAAUUACUCAAUUGUUUUUUCAAUUAUUACAACAUCUGUAAGUUUUAUUUGCUUCAUUUUCGUCUGUUGGAAUUAUUUUAAAGCAUCUUGGAUAUCUAAUGAUGCAUUCAUCAUCUUCACUUAUACAAAUUUCGUGGCUUUUUCAAUGUACGUUAAUAUUGUUUGCGGUUGGUUCUCAAAUAACAAAACUUUGAAGAUUAAUUUGAGGCUUAUAAAAGCUGACGAAACUCUCAGUAACUUGGGGGUACCAGUAGAUGCUCAACGCGCAUUAACUUUAUCAGUUAAAGCUGCCGUUUUUUGGAUUAUUUUUUCAGUUUUUAUUACUUCUUGUAGAGUUAAAUUUUAUCCUGACCCAAUAGACUUGUUAUCCACGAUAAUUAUUGUACUUACUUUUAAUCAUGGAUAUAAUGUUAACGUCCUAAUUGAUUUGACAUUUUGUCUGCUUAUAAAUCACAUGAAAAUACGGUUUGAAAAAGUAAACAAAGCGCUAUUGGAUAAUUUGGAAAUCCACAGUUAUGGCAAUGAUCAUAAUAAAGGUAUUUUUACAUCGACGAUUGUUCGCCCGUCGAAUUUCGAAAGAAAUUACAUUAAAAUCCUUCAUAAACUCAGACGAAUUCAUCUGGAAUUGGGGAUGUUGUGUCGCGAAAUAACAAAAGUUUAUAGUAUUGCAUUGGUUCUUACGAUGGCACAAUUAUUUGUCACAAUAACAAUAUUAUCUUAUAAGAUUUACACAAAACUAAGUAAUCCAAAAGUUGGACCAUUGCAUAAAGUGCUAACGACAAUAAUUAUAUUGAUUUGGUUAACUAUUUCCAGUCUACAAUUUAUUUGUAUCAAUCAUACCUGCGCUAAAACAAUUACUGAGUGGAAACGAACUGGUGAAAUAAUUUGCAAGUUGGAGACUGAGUCUGAAGAUGAAAAAUUAAAGGGAGAAAUCGAAAAAUUUUCAAUGCAGAUGCUGCAAAAUCCUUUAAAAUUUUCACCAUGUGGUUUCUUCGAUCUCGGUUACUAUUUUGUUAGAGAUUUUGUCGGUUCCGUAACAGCACAAGUUGUCAUAUUGAUUCAAACCUAUCCAAUUCGUAAUGCUGCACAAUGAAUUUUAUUUUGAAUACUUAUAUAUUUUUCAUUAUUGCCAGAAUCGAUUUUGCUGUAAAUUCAAUGUUAC